UAACGGAUUAUAUUAACACCCUUAUAUACAAUUAUCUUUUUAUAUAUAUAAUUAAAAAAUUCCUGAUGACAUUUAAAUGAUAAAAAAUAAAGAUUUUAUUAUAUUAUAUUAAAUUGAAGCUAAAUUUAAAUAAAGAAAGUAGUUUCGUUUUACAUUUUUAGAACAUAUUUGAAAAUUUGAAAGUCAUUCCAAAGAUCAGAGUAAAUACGAAUGGCAGGAACUGCAACGGAUUCUGCAAUAGUUUGAUUGGUCAAUGAAAUACAGUUCAUCAUGGAGUACGUCGAUGCUGCAAAAAGUGAAAGCAACGACAACUCUUGUAACUCAACUUCUUAUACUGAAUUAGUAUCAAACACAAAUUCUAAUGAAAAUUUAUUGAUAGAAACAAAAGAUUCAACAUCAAAAUAUGAGAUUCAAGAUAUACAAAAAACAGAUAGUAAUAUUGCAACUACCUCGCAAGAUCCACCCCAAGAGAAUAUAGACUUCAAAGUAAUUUAUAAUAAGCAAAGGAUUAAUGUAAAUUUUCCACUUGAUGGUACAGUGGCAGAAUUAAAGGCUCAUCUUCAAAACAUCAUAUCUGUGCCUCAAGCUAUGCAAAAAGUUAUGAUUAAAGGAUUAGCCAAAGAUGAACAAACAUUAAGAAGUUUGGGUGUCACAAAAGGUGCCAAAGUUAUGGUAGUAGGAUCAAAAUUAGAUGAUGUAUUAGCCAUUUCAAUUCCAACAAAGCAGGAUUUAUCAGAUGAAGCAGCUUCCACUACAAAUAAGGAACCUUUAUCUCAACAGAAAAUGCAUAGGAAAGUAUUAGAUAAAGGUAUGCCAGAUGAUGUGAUGCCUGGUAUAUUAGAUAGUAAGGAACCACUACCAGAAUUUCCAUUGGCUGGCAUGUUAAAUAAAUCUGGUGGUAAAGUUAGAUUAACAUUUAAAUUGGAACAAGAUCAGCUUUGGAUUGGUACAAAAGAAAGAACAGAUAAAAUACCUAUGAAUUCCAUAAAAGGUGUACACAGUGAACCAAUACAUGAUCAUCCAGAAUACCAUAUUAUGGCUAUACAACUAGGCACGACUGAAGCUUCGAGAUAUUGGAUAUAUUGGGUUCCUGCGCAAUAUAUAUCGGCUAUAAAAGAUGCUAUUCUUGGCAAGUGGUGCUACUUCUGAUCAAAUAUUGAAGGAAAUUUCUGUCUUUUCAAAAACAAAGCGUAAUCAGGUGUAAGCAUUGAUACAAACACGACUGUACUAGUCACACAUUUUUAACAGUAAGUAACUUAUUUUGCGUUGGAUAAUAAUUGAUAUGUUCUAAUAAAAAUAUUCUAUUAAGGAAAUUUUCUUAGAUAAUUUUUAAUUUUGUUAAAAAUAAUGAUAAAAUUAUUUUAUAGAAAUUGACUUGUAUUUAAAUAUACUUUAAAAUCAUAAUUUCUUAAAAAAAUGUUUAUAUGAUGUUGUGAUUUUUGGAUUUAUUAACAUUUUUUAAUAUAUUGAAUUAAUACUGUAACUGUAACUUUUCUCUCUUGAUUUCUCUGAAUCAUAUGUAAGAUUUGUAAAUAUAAUAAGUUUUUUUAAGUUUAAAAAAAAAAUAUGUUUAUAUUUAAAAAAAAAACAUUUUAUUAUACUAGGGAAAAAAAAUUAUCAUUUUAAUGAACAAAGGUUUUUUGAUUCUUACAAAAAUAUAUUUAUAUUAAAAAAAAUGUUUUAUUAUUUUAAGAAA